GUCAUGUCGGAUACAUUGUAUCUACGCGUUAAACGCACAUGAAAGCCACCACAAAGUCGUGAUAACGAGUGGGAAACUAGGAAUUUUCUUUAAGCUCCGAGUUGGGGGCGUGUCAUUGCAAGAAACAUGACAGAAUCGAUGGAUGCGACGACGUCUGUUGUUGACGGUAAUUUUUUUUGAUGAAAUUGAUAGACAGGAUUGCAACAUAACGAUAGGUUUUUAUACGAUACAGAUUAAAGUGGCUUCAUAAAUUAUUUAAAAAAAAUUAAGACGCAAAUUAUUUGCCCCUUCGGCAGUGUUAACAAACCCUGUUGUAUUUUUUGUGAUUUAUUAAAUAAGGUACAUCGCCAUCUUGAGCCGACUAAACUGACUUGAACGCAGCACACCUUUAACAAACCUUUAACAGUUAUUAAUCAGUUAUUAAUCAGUUAUUAAUCCAGAGCAGAGUGUUUAAAUGGCAUCAGGAAGUGCACUGAUCUUUGACGAGGAGAUGAGCGAUUAUAAAAUCCUCUGGACAGUUCAAGUCUAUGAGAUCGAGGUUCCUGAGCGGUUGACCGUGUCUUAUGAAGCGCUGAAGACUCGCGGCGUGGCAGAACGGUGCAAACAGGUGCCGGUCCGCCUGGCCACCGAGCAGGAGAUUUUACUGGCACACAGUGAGGAAUAUCUGGAGGCCGUUAAACAGACUUCCAAAAUGAGCGUGAAACAGCUGAAGGCAUUUUCGAAGCAGUACACUGAUGUCUAUUUCCAUCAGAACAUCUAUCACUGUGCUACGAUGGCCGUGGGCGCCACACUGCAGCUGGUGGAUAGUGUGAUGAAGAGAGAGGUCAGGAACGGCAUGGCACUGGUCAGGCCUCCAGGACACCACAGUCAGCGCUCCGCUGCGAACGGUUUCUGUGUGUUUAAUAAUGUGGCCAUCGCUGCGCUUUAUGCAAAGAAGAUGUACAACCUGAACAGGGUUUUGAUUGUGGACUGGGACGUCCAUCAUGGACAAGGUAUCCAGUACUGCUUUGAGAAAGACCCAAGUGUGCUCUAUUUUUCCUGGCAUCGUUACGAGCACCAGACCUUCUGGCCCUAUCUCCCUGAGUCAGACUACACCAGCGUCGGGAAAGGCAAAGGAUCUGGUUUUAACGUGAACCUCCCCUGGAACAAGGUGGGCAUGACGAACAGCGACUAUCUGGCUGCUUUCUUCCAUGUUCUUUUACCCGUAGCGUAUGAGUUUGAUCCAGAGCUGAUUUUGGUCUGUGCUGGUUUUGAUUCAGCCAUCGGGGACCCAGAAGGUGAAAUGUGUGCUUUUCCAGAGAUCUUUGCCCACCUCACCCAACUGCUAAUGCCUUUGGCUGAAGGCAAAAUGUGCGUCGUCCUGGAGGGAGGGUAUAACCUGACUUCUCUCGCCCAAUCUGUUUGCCAAACCGUCCAGACCCUUCUGGGAGAUCCGGCCCCUCAGCUGUCAGGGAUCACAGCCCCUUGUGAGAGUGCACUAGAAUCUAUCGAAAAUGUUCGCAGCGCUCAAUCAUCAUACUGGAGCUGUUUAAAACACUUAGAGGCUCAUUCAGGUACGAGAACCAAAAGGCCCAGACUGGAUGAGAAGAACAGCGAAACAAAAAAGGCUGAGAAACCUGUGCCAGAGAGCGAUGCAAAGAAGACCAUUGAGUGGCCUGAACCUUUAAUCAGGACAUCUACUGAUGUGCGAACACUCGUAGCGCCCCCUCCUGGUGUGGAGGUCUCACUGCCUGAAGGCUGCCAAAAUGUUGGGGAAGAUUCCCAAAGUACCUCUAAAGAAGUACAAAAUAUCCGGGAUAAAUAUUUCCAAGAUGUAACGGACCAAAAUAUCCUCCAGCCUCUUGGAAAGAUCAUUUCAGUUCUUGAACAAAUGAUGAAUAAAGAGGUGCGUAACGGAUGCAUCGUGGUGUCUGACUUGAGUUUGUCCGUACGCUGUGCUUAUCAACACGCACUCAUGGGCCUCGCUGAACGGGUGCUGGUCGUUUUUAUUGGAGAUGGGAAUUUACCAGUCAAAACUGAUGACGGGAAGGUGUUUCUAGUCCAAAUCUGUGCUGAAGAAACUGAAGAGAAGUGUGUGAACCGUCUGUCCUUGUGUCUGAGAGAGGGUGAGGGAUUCACGGCAGGAUUUAUGCAGGCGGUUCUGAGCCUGAUCCUCCCUCUGGCGUAUGAGUUUAACCCCGGGCUGGUGCUGGGGGUUGUUGGAGACAGUGGGGUAAAGACUCUUCUGGCUCCAGUCUGGGGUCACCUGACCGGUCUGCUCCAAGGCCUGGCAGAGGGCCGCACGCUCACCCUACUGCAGGGCUGUGACAAAGAUCUCCUGGCGGUUACACUCUCUGCCCUCUCUGGGGCCCCUGUCCCUCCACUCGGGCCCCUGGGAGCUCCCAAUCCUGAAGAUGUUCAGAUGAUGGAGAAGCAGAGACAGAGGCUGCAGAAACGCUGGAGUUUGGUGCAGGAGGGAUUGGGUCUGCACAGUGAUACCACAUUUCUGUCUAUGACUGACUGUAAGGCACGCAGGCCAAGGCAUGAGCAGAGUGUUUAAAUGGCAUCAAGAAGCGCACUGAUCUUUGACGAGGAGAUGAGCGAUUAUAAACUCCUCUGGACAGAUCCAGCCUGUGAGAUCGAGGUUCCUGAGCGGUUGACCGUGUCUUAUGAAGCGCUGAAGACUCGCGGCGUGGCAGAGCGGUGCAAACAGGUGCCGGUCCGCCUGGCCACCGAGCAGGAGAUUUUACUGGCACACAGUGAGGAAUAUCUGGAGGCCGUUAAACAGACUUCCAAAAUGAGCGUGGAAGAGCUGAAGGCAUUUUCGAAGCAGUACAACGAUGUCUAUUUCCAUCAGAACAUCUAUCACUGUGCUACGAUGGCUGUGGGCGCCACACUGCAGCUGGUGGACAGUGUGAUGAAGAGAGAGGUCAGGAACGGCAUGGCACUGGUCAGGCCUCCAGGACACCACAGUCAGCGCUCCGCUGCGAACGGUUUCUGUGUGUUUAAUAAUGUGGCCAUCGCUGCGCUUUAUGCCAAGAAGACGUACAACCUGAACAGGGUUUUGAUUGUGGACUGGGACGUCCAUCAUGGACAGGGUAUCCAGUACUGCUUUGAGGAGGACCCAAGUGUGCUCUAUUUUUCCUGGCAUCGUUACGAGCACCAGACCUUCUGGCCCAAUCUCCCUGAGUCAGACUACACCAGCGUCGGGAAAGGCAAAGGAUCUGGUUUUAACGUGAACCUCCCCUGGAACAAGGUGGGCAUGACGAACAGCGACUAUCUGGCUGCUUUCUUCCAUGUUCUUUUACCCGUAGCGUAUGAGUUUGAUCCAGAGCUGAUUUUGGUCAGUGCUGGUUUUGAUUCAGCCAUCGGGGACCCAGAAGGUGAAAUGUGUGCUCUUCCAGAGAUCUUUGCCCACCUCACCCAACUCCUAAUGCCUUUGGCUGCAGGCAAAAUGUGCGUCGUCCUGGAGGGAGGGUAUAACCUGACUUCUCUCGCCCAAUCUGUUUGCCAAACCAUCCAGACCCUUCUGGGAGAUCCGGCCCCUCAGCUGUCAGGGAUCACAGCCCCUUGUGAGAGUGCACUAGAAUCUAUCCAAAAUGUUCGCAGCGCUCAAUCAUCAUACUGGAGCUGUUUAACACUCUUAGAGGCUCAUUCAGGUACGAGAACCAAAAGGCCCAGACUGGAUGAGAAGAACAGCGAAACAAAAAAGGCUGAGAAACCUGCGCCAGAGAGCGAUGCAAAGAAGACCAUUGAGUGGCCUGAACCUUUAAUCAGGACAUCUACUGAUGUGCGAACACUCGUAGCGCCCCCUCCUGGUGUGGAGGUCUCACUGCCUGAAGGCUGCCAAAAUGUUGGGGAAGAUUCCCAAAGUACCUCUAAAGAAGUACAAAAUAUCCGGGAUAAAUAUUUCCAAGAUGUAACGGACCAAAACAUCCUCCAGCCUCUUGGAAAGAUCAUUUCAGUUCUUGAACAAAUGAUGAAUAAAGAGGUGCGUAACGGAUGCAUCGUGGUGUCUGACUUGAGUUUGUCCGUACGCUGUGCUUAUCAACACGCACUCAUGGGCCUCGCUGAACGGGUGCUGGUCGUUUUUAUUGGAGAUGGGAAUUUACCAGUCAAAACUGAUGACGGGAAGGUGUUUCUAGUCCAAAUCUGUGCUGAAGAAACUGAAGAGAAGUGUGUGAACCGUCUGUCCUUGUGUCUGAGAGAGGGUGAGGGAUUCACGGCAGGAUUUAUGCAGGCGGUUCUGAGCCUGAUCCUCCCUCUGGCGUAUGAGUUUAACCCCGGGCUGGUGCUGGGGGUUGUUGGAGACAGUGGGGCAAAGACUCUUCUGGCUCCAGUCUGGGGUCACUUGACCGGUCUGCUCCAAGGCCUGGCAGAGGGCCGCACGCUCACCCUACUGCAGGGCUGUGACAAAGAUCUCCUGGCGGUUACACUCUCUGCCCUCUCUGGGGCCCCUGUCCCUCCACUCGGGCCCCUGGGAGCUCCCAAUCCUGAAGAUGUUCAGAUGAUGGAGAAGCAGAGACAGAGGCUGCAGAAACGCUGGGGUCUGCUGCGGUGCACAGUUUCAGAAAGCUGAUGGAAACCUCUGGAACAUUGAACGACCUGCAUUUUGAUGUUCAGUUAUGGAAAAUAAUAACUUUUUUUGUACUUUGUAAAUUUUGUAUGGCAUUAAAAAUGAACCUGUUGAA